GUCACAAUGAACAACGACAACUUCAUAAGCCUGGAUGCCUCGGUCAAGAAUCAAAAGGACAUCGUCAACUUAGUGGGGGAAGCUCUGCAAUACCAGUAUCUCUUCGACAAGCGGACGUCGCCGUGGGAGAGAGCCUCUUGGAGCGACGACGACCUUGAGAACUUCGAAAUACAGGCCAAUAUGAUACAGCGCCUCUACCACAUCUUCUACUACGACGACGAGGUUUCAGGCAGGGAUUUUGAGCUGGCGGUGAGGACAGUGUACAAGGGGAGGGUCGUCUAUGUCAAGAUGAUGGCCGGCUGCGACUUCACGGGCUUCGAUUGCCAUGGAGGAGGGGAGAUCUACAUCACCUGCGAUGCCCAGAUCUUCCUCAAGUCGAUUCUGAAGACGACCAUCGACCUCAACGGCAUCUGGAAAUCGAUGGUUGCCGACGGCCUCAAGGUGGAGGAGCCUUCAUCCUUCGACCUCCUGCCGAUGAGGGAGUGGAACAACGUACCCAUGCUCAAGUUUCUGUGCCACAUGAAGGUGUAUGACGAAAGGCACAAGCUGCGGGAGUUGGCGGCCCGCGUUCUACCGAAGAUGCUCUCCCAGAGCGUGGAGGAGUUCAUUAAGACUAGGGAGACGAAGGACCACCACGAGUCCUGGUAAUGAAGUCUUGUGAAGAUAAAGUGUCCUGGACCUAGCGCCAUUAGAGUUGCAGCGUCGUCAUGAAGUGUCUCUGGGCUGAAACCCCAAUAACAAUACGGCGCCAGGGUCGGCUCUCUUCAUAAUUUAUCUCUUAUUAAAUAAUAUGAUUAAUCUGUUUGU